AUGGUUCUGAGCAAAGGUGACGAGCACAGAAGCAGCGAGAGAUCGAUGAGAAGUGAGAAAGAGAAUGAAAAUGGCGAGAUACCCGACUUGGAGAAGCAGCAGAGUGAUAGCCGAGCUGAGCCUAGCUCACUUUCCAAUUCCUCAGUCGGUGAUACGGUGCCGCCGCUUCUAAACGUCGUCGUUUUGGAUGAGGCGUCUCGCGAGGUUCAUGAGCAAACCACCGCCAAUUUGUCAAGGGAGGUACCUUCUCCCAAAAAGGGUGACCUGUCGAGAACUUCCAGCUCUCAUGAACAAUGCAGAGUGUGUCAGCAGGAGAAAGAUGAAGUUUUGAUAGAACUUGGAUGUCAAUGUCGAGGUGGGCUUGCAAAAUCCCACCGAUCAUGUAUAGACACUUGGUUUCGAACCAGAGGAUCGAACAAAUGCGAGAUAUGCCAAGGGGUAGCUGCAAAUGUGCCACCUCCACAAUCCCAGCCAACUGGGAGCUACUGGGUCUGGAGAGUUGACUCAACCUAUCGGUCACAAAAUCGAGACAGGCAGGGUUGUGUUAGCCCACUUUAUGUGGCAUUUUCAAUCCUCAUUGGUGGUCUGCUGUUGGACGUGCUAAUAUCUGUUACCCUCGGUGUCUCUGCACUCCCCAUUAACAUCAUUAUAGGUAUUAUUGUGGUUCUUGGACUUGGAACUGCACUGAGACUUAUCUUGGAAUUCUUCCACCAGUGGAGUUUGAGGAGAGUUGUGCAGAGGGUGGACACAAAUGUUCCUCUUGGUUACCAUCCUGCUUUGUAG